AUGAAAGCCAACGAAAAAAUUGCCAUUUCAACGAGUAAAGUUUUACUGGUUCCAUAUGAAGCCCACCAGGUGCUCACGUAUCAUGGCUGGAUGCAAGAUCCGGCUAUCCAAGAGGCGACUGCAUCAGAGCCUAUGACUUUGGAGGAAGAGUACGAGAACCAGCAAUCGUGGCGCACGUCUCAUGAUAAAUUGACCUUUAUUGUCUGCGAGCCGUUAAGUGGGGAGCAACGAAGCGACGACGCGCGGAUAAUUACAGCCAAAGUCGAUGACUCUUCAGACAAAAUGAAGGGAGACGUCAACUUCUUCCUAUACCUGGACGAUGAUGAUGAUGAUGAUGAAGAUAAUGCUGCACAGCGAGAAGGCAGCCAAAUACGGCUGAGGGGAGAAAUAGACGUCAUGAUAGCCGGACAACAACAUCGCGGGAAAGGCACAGGAGAAGCAGCAGUGCGCACAAUACUGACGUAUAUACAAAAGAACCUGACUGGUAUACUAGAUGAGUAUGCACAAGGCGAGAAAUUGGAUAAGGACAAGAUACAGUUGGCUGGUCUGAUGGCGAAGAUUAAAGAGGAUAAUACUGGAAGUAGAGGACUUUUCAAUAAGCUUGGAUUCAGACAAGAGGGAGAGGCGAAUUACUUUGGAGAGGUGAAGAUGGUGAUGAGCUGGGAGGAAGUUGAGGGCGUGCGAAUGGCAGAUGGGCUGGAGUAUCGCGAGGUGGCAUAUGUGAUGUAA